AUGGCUCCCAAGCGGAAGCAAGAUAAUGCCGCUAAGCCGCCGCAGAAGCAAAGUGAUGGCACGUACGCAUCCCGUAGCCAUCGAUUAAGCAAAGAGGAUUUGUAUGUACUCCUUGCACUUUUUAUGGAAGACUUUCCACUCGAAACGAAGAAAGGUAAACCUGCAAAGAAAGGGGAGGAAAAAAAAUACAGGAAGGUCGGAGCCGCACUUGUAUUGCCGAAUGACAAAAUUUUUGCUAUUGACUGUACUCGUAACGGUGUGCAUGGGGUGGCUCGGUUGUUAAUGGAACAUCAAGACGUCGUAAAGGAUUGUAAAAUAUUUGUGUCAAGAAAGCCGUGUUCUUUUUGCACCAAGCUUUUGGUCCAGUCUAAAGUGAAGGAGAUUUUCUAUUUGCCGAUUGAGCCCGAGUACCACCAGGAUGGACAGGAGACAAAGGAAAAGAAGAAAGCCUUUAAAGAUGAGAAAUUGAGGGUUGAUGAACUAUUUAGAGUGAGCGCAAUCAGUCAGAAGGUGUUUGUGCCAGGGGCAGGAUUAAAAGAAGUCAAGAACAAAUACGACAUUCCGCUCAAAAAACAGCAAAAGUCCACGAAGAAACGGCUAAUGGAAAAUUAUUGGAAGGGAGAGUGGUUGAAAAAUGUCAGAGACAUUCAACCUUCCUUGGCCAAGCUUCGACCGUAA